ACAGAGAAGGGUGGGCUGGGUUAGGGUGACAGCUAAAAGAGGGGUCUUACGAAGUCAGGCUCGAGGAUCUUGGGGAAAUUCCAGAUUGGACCCGUAACCUUUCUAGUUAGAUUCCCUAGUCGGUACCUCUGCGUCCGCGUUGUAGCUGUGGUUCCCCCACCCGGCCCCCACUCCGCAGAGAGAGGGUUAAAGUAGGAAAAGAGAAAAAGCAGUCCACAAUUUCCCGACCACCCCUUCCACCUUCCUGCCCUAAAGGGGUGCUGGAGGAGAGCGGGAACUCAGUCUAGCAGGGACUGAGGCAAUGCACUCUUCCUCCAUGGCGGGGAGUCAGUAGCUCUGGUCUCUCCCCCUGCUGCAUGUGAGCGAGUGUUUUGUGCCUCUCGUCCCUCCUCCUCCUUCUCCUCCCCUCUAUUCUCCAUUCCCUCCCUUCUCCCUGAGCAGCAGUGGGUGCUAGCAGCAGUAAGAAGCAGCCGCCGCCUAGAAGGAGCGCGCAGGAGACUCUGAACAGGUGGCUAGAAGCAGGGAGGGCGAGCCUCCCAGGGCUGGGGAGCUAGCGAGUGGGAGAGAGGCAGCCGCCGCCGCCGAGCAUGCCAGCCUAGGGCCCGCCGGGGCUGGCCGCGUCUCCGCGUCUCUAGCGCGCUCACCGGCUCGCCCCGCUGAGCUCAGGAAGCGCCUGUUGUGCAGCCUCCCCCACCCCCACUCAAUCCCACCCGACCCCCUUCUCUCCCUUUGGCUCAGCCCCGCAGCUCUCACACUCACACACACUCACUCUCUCACACGCACAUACACACACGCACACACUGUGCAACUGUGUGCCACAACAUUUCACUGGGCGGCGACGUUACACCGCCUUCUCCUUUUCUUUUUCCUCCUCCUCCUCCUCCUCCUCCCGCCGGGCUGUCGCUUUGGGGAGGGGGUUUGGGGAGGAGGGAGGGGGCCCCAGAGGCCCGAGCAGAGGGACCGCGGCUGCGGCGGCUGCGACAGCGGCAGCAUGAAAGUGACCGUGUGUUUCGGGAGGACCCGGGUGGUCGUGCCGUGUGGAGAUGGGAAUAUGAAAGUUUCCAGCCUCAUCGAGCAAGCGGUGACUCGCUACAAGAAGGCCAUCGCCAAGGAUCCAAAUUAUUGGAUAAAGGUUCAUCGUUUGGAGCAUGGUGAUGGUGGGAUCCUUGACCUUGAUGACACCCUCUGUGAUGUGGCUGAUGACAAAGACAGACUGGUCGCUAUAUUUGAUGAACAAGAUCCACACCAUGGAGGUGAUGGCACCAGCGCGAGUUCCACUGGUACUCAGAGUCCAGAGAUUUUUGGCAGUGAGCUUAGCGCCAACAAUGUUUCAGCCUUUCAGCCCUACCAAGCAGCAAGUGAAAUUGAGGUCACGCCUUCCGUUCUUCGUGCAAAUAUGCCCUUACAUGUACGACGAAGCAGUGACCCUGCAUUAAUUGGCCUUGCAACCUCUGUCAGUGAUAAUAAUUUUUCCUCUGAAGAGCCAUCACGGAAAAACCCCACGAGGUGGUCCACAACAGCUGGCUUCCUCAAGCAAAACACUUCUGGGAGUCCCAAUACUCGUGAUAGGAAGGAUGAAGAUGGAACAGAGGAGGACAAUAGCCGUGUAGAACCAGUUGGACAUGCUGAUACUGGUUUGGAGAAUACCACUAAUCUUUCCCUCGAUGAUAUGGUAAAGCUCGUAGAAGUCUCCAACGAUGGAGGGCCUCUGGGAAUCCAUGUAGUGCCUUUCAGUGCUCGAGGCGGAAGAACGCUGGGGUUAUUAGUGAAACGACUGGAAAAAGGCGGUAAGGCUGAACAAGAAAACCUUUUUCAUGAGAAUGACUGUAUUGUCAGGAUUAAUGAUGGAGACCUUCGCAACAGGAGAUUUGAGCAAGCACAACAUAUGUUUCGCCAAGCCAUGCGUACACCCAUCAUUUGGUUCCAUGUGGUCCCCGCGGCAAAGAAAGAACAGUAUGAACAACUAUCUCAAAGUGAAAAGAACAAUUACUAUUCUAACCGCUUUAACCCCGAUGCCCAGUAUGUGGAUAACAAGAGCGUUAAUAGUGCAGGACUUUCUGCCCUCCAAAGAAUACCCAGACUGAACCAUCAGGCUGACCAAACAGACUCUUACUCACAACUACCUCAUAAUGCCAACAUAUCAGGAAAACUGCCAUCAACUCUCUCUCCCACACAGCAAAAUGUCCUUAGUCCAUCCCCAAGCAGUGGAUAUAACACCAAAAAAAUAGGAAAGAGGCUUAACAUCCAGCUUAAGAAAGGUUCAGAAGGUUUGGGUUUUAGCAUCACUUCCAGAGAUGUACCAGUUGGUGGCUCAGCUCCAAUUUAUGUGAAAAAUAUUCUUCCCAGAGGGGCUGCUAUUCAAGAUGGUAGACUAAAAGCAGGAGAUAGACUUGUGGAGGUAAAUGGAGUUGAUUUAACAGGCAGAACCCAAGAGGAAGUUGUCUCCUUGCUAAGAAGCACCAAGAUGGGAGGAACUGUGAGUCUUCUUGUUAUUCGCCAGGAAGAAGCCUUCCAUCCAAGGGAAAUGAAUGCUGAACCAAGCCAGAUGCAUAUUCCCAAAGAAACGAAAGCAGAAGAUGAGGAUCUGGUUCUUACCCCAGAUGGCACUAGGGAAUUUCUGACAUUUGAGGUUCCCCUCAAUGACUCUGGUUCUGCUGGACUUGGAGUCAGUGUUAAAGGUAACCGGUCAAAAGAGAACCAUGCAGAUUUGGGGAUCUUUGUCAAGUCCAUUAUUAAUGGAGGAGCAGCUUCCAAGGAUGGAAGGCUUCGAGUGAAUGAUCAACUGAUUGCAGUAAAUGGAGAAUCCCUGUUGGGCAAGACAAACCAAGAUGCCAUGGAAACAUUAAGAAGGUCCAUGUCUACUGAGGGAAACAAGAGAGGGAUGAUUCAACUCAUUGUAGCAAGGCGAAUAAACAAAUGCAAUGAGGUGAAGUCACCUGGGAGCCCCUCGGGGCCAGAACUGCCUAUUGAAACUGUGCUGGAUGACAGAGAAAGAAGAAUUUCCCACUCACUCUACAGUGGAAUUGAGAGUCUUGAUGAAUCUCCCACAAGAAAUGCUGCCCUCAGUAGAAUAAUGGGUAAAUACCAGCUGUCCCCAACAGUGAACAUGCCCCAAGAUGACACUGUUAUCAUAGAAGAUGACAGACUGCCAGUACUCCCUCCUCAUCUCUCGGACCAAUCAUCCUCUAGCUCCCAUGAUGAUGUGGGAUUUGCAACAACAGAUGCUGGAGCAUGGGCUAAAGCCACAAUUAGUGAUUCAGCAGACUGUUCUUUGAGUCCAGAUGCUGAUCCAGUUCUUACUUUUCAACGAGAAGGAUUUGGACGUCAGAGUAUGUCAGAAAAACGCACAAAACAAUUUUCAGAUGCCAGUCAAUUGGAUUUCGUUAAAACACGAAAAUCAAAAAGCAUGGAUUUAGGUAUAGCUGACGAGACUAAACUCAGUACUGUGGAUGACCAGAAAACAGGUUCCCCCAGCAGAGAUGUAGGACCUUCGUUAGGCUUGAAAAAGUCCAGCUCAUUAGAGAGUCUUCAGACAGCAGUUGCUGAGGUGACUUUGAAUGGUGACAUUCCUUUCCAUCGUCCUCGUCCACGGAUAAUCAGAGGCCGUGGCUGCAAUGAGAGCUUCAGAGCAGCAAUUGACAAAUCCUAUGAUAAACCUGCUGCUGAUGAAGAUGAUGAAGGCAUGGAGACUUUGGAAGAAGACACAGAAGAGAGUUCAAGAUCGGGAAGGGAAUCUGUGUCCACAGCAAGUGACCAGCCAUCCCACUCUCUGGAGAGACAAGUGAAUGGAAACCAAGAGAAUAAGACUGAUAGGAAAAAAGAGAAAGCUGGAAAAGAGAAAAAGAAAGACAGAGAUAAAGAAAAGGACAAAAUGAAGGCCAAGAAAGGAAUGCUGAAGGGUUUAGGAGACAUGUUCAGGUUUGGCAAACAUCGAAAAGAUGACAAGAUUGAGAAAUCGGGUAAAAUAAAAGUACAGGAAGCCCUUACUUCAGAAGAGGAGAGAAUACGAAUGAAGCAAGAACAGGAGAGGAUUCAGGCCAAAACUCGAGAAUUUCGAGAGAGACAAGCUCGAGAACGUGACUAUGCUGAAAUCCAUGAUUAUAAUCGGCCGAUUGGUGGUGAAGGUGAUUCCUCAUAUGCUGGGAUGUCUUCCUAUGAAACCUCUAUGAACAGUGGGACAAUGACUUUCAAUGUCAGGCCACAGAGCCCUAGAGAAGGACAAACUACGGACGCUUUAUAUGCCCAAGUAAAGAAGCAACGGAAUUCCAAACCUUCACCAGUAGACAGCAACAGAUCGACUCCUAGCAACCAUGAUCGGAUACAACGUCUGAGGCAAGAAUUUCAGCAAGCAAAGCAAGAUGAAGAUGUCGAGGAUCGAAGGCGUACCUAUAGUUUUGAACAACCCUGGCCAAACACUAAAAUAUACACACAGAGUGGAAGACAUUCUGUUUCUGUGGAGGUGCAGAUGCAGAGGCAAAGGCAAGAAGAACGAGAGAGCUUCCAGCAAGCACAACGCCAAUACAGCUCAUUACCAAGGCAAAGCAGAAAGAAUGCCAGCUCGGUGUCUCAAGAUUCCUGGGAACAGAACUAUUCUCCUGGAGAAGGGUUCCAGAGUGCAAAGGAAAAUCCCAGAUACUCCAGCUACCAGGGCUCCAGAAAUGGCUACAUGGGAGGGCAUGGCUUCAAUGCCAGGGUGAUGUUGGAAACCCAGGAACUUCUUCGCCAGGAACAGAGAAGGAAGGAACAACAGCUGAAAAAAAAGCCCCCUUCUGAUGGACCUAACAAUUAUGACUCAUAUAAGAAAGUCCAGGACCCCAAUUAUGGCCCUCCAAAAGGUCCCUUCCGGCAAGAUGUGCCCCCCUCCCCAUCUCAGGUAGCCAGGUUAAACAGAUUGCAAACCCCAGAAAAAGGAAGACCGUUUUAUUCUUGAGUGGGUGAGGGGGCACCCAGCUCCACGCAAUGCAAUAAAGGACAUUUUCCUAUGAAGACUUGUAUUUUGGAAAGUUUAAAAAAAACACAAAAAACUUGAUGGUACUCUGGAAUAUCUCUCUGUUGUCUGAAUCAGUGCCUUUAGCGAUAUGGGCAAAGGAGUGGUGGGCCUUAAUGUCUUUGCCACUAUGUCUCAAGUGUUAUUUUCAUGGAAGGAUUUUCCCUCGCCAAUCGACAAUCGUCCUGUUAAGUACACUAAGCAUCUCCCCUGGGUAUUGAACAUCUUUGCCCAGUCCAUUAGCUGUCAAUGACUCAUUAUUAGGGUUUGUAGCAGUAUGUUCUAUUCUGCAGUGGAUUUUUCUUACAACAGCCUACCCAGCCUUGCAGAAUAAAAUUAACCUGGCAUUGGGGACAGUAUUUCUCCAUCUUUCUUUCUUUUAACUUUUCUUGGGUGAGAGGUGAUCCCAAAAGAGCAAGAUGUCUAGAAAUCACAGCUUUAAGAUAUUUCCAGGUGGGAUCAUUUAUGGUACUUUUUUGAUCAAUAUUUAAGUAUUGAAAUAUGGUUUUCCCUACUUUAUCUAAUAUUCUUUUCAAAGAUAAAUCUCCUUUAUUCUAAUGCAUAAACAAAACCACACUGUGACACUUUUCAGUUAUUCUAAGGUUCCUUUUACAUUUAUUUUAUAUCAACUAGAAUUUUAUCAAGAAGGAAAGCAUCAAAGACCAUAUAUAUAAAUAUAUUUAUAAAUACAACUUCUCCAUCAAAUCCACAGUGACAGUUUGCUUUUUCACUGUCAUUUAUCACAGGGAAGAGGGAUUCGGGGUGGGAAUGGGAUUUUUCCCUUUUGGGGGAGGAACAGGCAUGUCUGCCCCAAAUGCAUUUUGUUGUAUGAAAUCAUCAGAAAAAAAGAGAAAUAAUUCUUCUAGAAAGCGUCCAGAGUCCAAUACAUGAUGAUAAUUACUUUAAUUAGUUUUUGUUUUGACAGGUCUGAGAGGGAGGGCGAAGAGCAGGACAAAGAGAAAUCAGAUAGUCGCUUUGGAGAUCUAAAAGCUAAUAUGUUUUCUACCUUUUUUUCCCUGAAGUCUUGUUAUAACUGACAGUUGGUCUGCACUUCCUUAUAAAGAAAAGUCUAUAUUGUGAUACUGCAUUAAAAAAUAAUUUUUACACAUAUGAAGAAAAUAAAGGAUAUGGAGAAGGAAAUUGUUACAUAUCCUACCAAAUGCACAUGGGUGUCCAAAAAAAUCACAAAAACAACAUGAUUGCUCUUAGCAGCAUUUUUCUUGUGCACACAGAGAUAGAGGAUCUCUGGUGUAGCAGCUGUUUUUAUAUUUGUAGGUCUGAUCUUCAUGUAUGUAAAACAGAGCUGGGUUGCUAAAGUGCCUGCAAAUCCUGAUGUUGAGGAAAGGGAAGCUCGAGGUUGAAGCUCAGCAUAUCAUGUUAAAAAAAAAAAAGAAAGAAAAGGGGGAAUAAAAAAACCAGAAUCAUGUAUUGUGGAAUCUAAAAUAUGCCUAUUUUUUUUUUUACUGGCACAUUUUAUUUUUGUGGCGUUGUUUUUUUUUCCAAAUCUAUGUGAAAUUAUGUGAAGCUGGCUUUGUGUACCUGUGUCUUUUAUGCCUAAUUGUUAAUGAUUCUGUUUGUUAAUAAUGUGCAACAGUGUUUAAAUGGUGUCACUAAUGUAAGCACGGUGACAGAGGCUCUUUCACACAGCCAUUAUGGAGCUGUGGGAAACAGCUUUCCUUGUACAUAUGAGACAUAAUAAAAGGCUUAUUUCUGUUC